CGCGGCGUGCGCAGGUGACGUCAGCGGGGCUCUGGGCAUGGGCAGGUGGAGGGAGCAGGCAAAGUUUGGCCGGCGCUAGCGGGCGGCGGCGGAGGCGGCCGGGGCUGCGGCGCCGCUGCCGGCAGGGCUCGGGCGGGGGCUGCGCGGCGCCUCGCCUCUGCGCUCCGCUCCGCUCCCGGUGCGCGCGGGCCGCGUCCCCGCCGCUGCCAUGGCCGAGGACCCCAGCGCCCUGCCCUGGUCCAUCAACAAGGAUGACUACGAGCUGCAGGAGGUGAUCGGGAGUGGAGCAACUGCUGUGGUGCAGGCAGCCUUUUGUGUUCCAAAGAAAGAGAAGGUGGCAAUUAAACGGAUCAAUCUGGAGAAAUGUCAGACGAGCAUGGAUGAACUCCUGAAAGAGAUUCAAGCCAUGAGUCAGUGCCAUCACCCCAACAUUGUAUCUUACUACACGUCCUUUGUGGUGAAAGAUGAGCUUUGGCUGGUGAUGAAGUUACUUAGUGGAGGCUCUGUUUUGGAUAUUAUAAAACACAUUGUGGCCAAAGGAGAACACAAGACCGGUGUCCUGGAUGAACCCUGUAUAGCCACGAUCCUUAAGGAGGUGCUGGAAGGGCUGGACUAUUUGCAUAAAAAUGGGCAAAUCCACAGGGAUGUGAAAGCAGGCAAUAUUCUUCUUGGAGAAGAUGGCUCAGUACAAAUUGCAGACUUUGGUGUUAGCGCUUUUUUGGCCACUGGUGGUGAUAUUACAAGAAAUAAAGUCAGAAAAACUUUUGUGGGCACACCUUGCUGGAUGGCACCAGAAGUUAUGGAGCAGGUCAGAGGAUACGAUUUCAAGGCAGACAUCUGGAGCUUUGGAAUCACUGCUAUUGAACUGGCUACUGGGGCAGCUCCUUACCAUAAAUACCCACCAAUGAAGGUUUUAAUGCUGACGCUACAAAAUGAUCCUCCGUCCUUGGAGACCGGUGUGCAAGAUAAGGAGAUGCUGAAGAAGUAUGGGAAAUCAUUUAGGAAGAUGAUUUCUUCGUGCCUACAGAAAGACCCUGAGAAAAGACCAACAGCAGCAGAACUCUUAAGACACAAAUUUUUCACAAAAGCAAAGAAUAAAGAAUUUUUGCAAGAGAAGAUGUUGCAGAGAGCACCAACAAUCACUGAAAGAUCCAAAAAGGUCCGGAGAGUCCCAGGUUCCAGUGGACGCCUUCAUAAGACUGAAGAUGGUGGCUGGGAAUGGAGCGAUGAUGAACUAGAUGAAGAAAGUGAGGAAGGCAGAGCAGCAAUUUCACAGCUCAGGUCUCCCAGAGUGAAAGAAUCUGUACAGAAUUCUGAGCUGUUCCCAUCAGCUGAGCCCCAAGGUCCUUCACUCAAUAUUCCAGCGCAGACACCUACUCAACUACCUCAGGCAGCAGGACAAGUACCUGCACAACCUCAAGCUGCUGUCCCUCCACCUAGUCAGGCGCCUACAGCAGCACCAGCAGCAGCCCAGGCCCCACCUGCCCCUGCUGCAGCCCCGGUACAAGAAGAUACGAAGGUCCCCAUCAGCCUUGUACUAAGGUUAAGGAAUUCGAAAAAAGAACUCAAUGAUAUUCGCUUUGAAUUUACCCCAGGGAGAGAUACUGCUGAUGGUGUAUCUCAAGAGCUCAUUUCGGCAGGUCUUGUUGAUGGCAGAGAUCUGGUAAUAGUUGCAGCUAAUUUGCAGAAAAUUGUGGAAGAGCCCCAAGCAAACAGAUCCGUCACUUUCAAACUGGCAUCCGGUGUUGAAGGCUCGGAUAUUCCUGAUGAUGGCAAACUUAUAGGAUUUGCACAGCUCAGCAUCAGCUAAACAAUGGUCCCAGGAGAUGUUUCCCAUCUGAGAACCCACAUGUGCAUAUUCGUAAUGCUUCUGUUAGCCUAAAAAAACCACUACUGCCAAAGAAUUGAACUACAGCCCCCUUCCUAGAAGCUUUAACAUUGUUUCCUUAAUAGGAUCACAAACCUUCCUGAAAUUACCAAUGGCGUUUACACCUUUUGUAAACAACUCUCAUGGUUUUGUAUCUGUCAUCUCAGACAUGCAGAUCCAACGCAUCAUUGCCUGCAUGUUCAUUUUAUUAUUGCCUUACUUUAAAGAAAAAUACUACUGAGUACGAAGCAGGGGGUUCCACUGCUCUGAUCUUGCCUAAAUGUUUGCUUACAUGUGGUUUCAUUUUUUUUCACUUGCUAUUUUUGCACAAGUUUUAAUACUGAAAGGAUCUUUUCUUUUUUGUUCUUCACCCACCUGCUUCUCCUUCCAUCUGAAACACCAAUGUGUACAUGUUAUUUGGGUCACCUGGAGUACUGAGAAAUCUGCUUCUCUUCAGCUGUAUUUUAAAAACUCCGCUGGUUUGAAUGCUUGCGCCUGAGAAAGCAAGCCAAGUCUUAACCCACAGAAGGGAGAGCAUUCUUCCCUUGUGUUUAUGUUUUUGAGAAGUUCCUUGACUUUGAGGUGUUAGAAGUCAGCUUUCCUUUGUAAACUGCCUUAAUUUUAUUUUUUUACCAUUUUGGUUCUCUCCACAUGAGUGCCAGGGAUGGCAUGAGGGCUGAACCUUUUAAGUUAUGUUAAGCAGUCCUUCCUCAAAACAUGUCUUUCAUUCUGCAUCCUUAGAUGUAGUCUGUUCUGAAAGCAGAAGAAUGAGGCAUUUCUGUUGGAAACAGAUCUUUCAGAUGAUCCAGAAACUGUCGAUGGUCAGAGGGUGAGGAAUUCUGUGUCACUCAGCAUUUGGAAAGUAUGCACUUCAAAUUGUUCUUGAAACCCAGUCUGUGACUUCGCCUGGCUGUGCGAAUCCUCCCUGAUGUCCUUCCAAGUCCUCCGCAAACUGGUACACGUGGAACCAUCCCUGUUGUGUUUUACAGCAAUAAAGAAUUGCCGGUAGAGCGGUGUACUAGGCAAGCGAGCGCCGAACUGUCCGUCCUGCACUACUUGCUUGGGUCGUCCGCCUUCUCUUCGAUCCAAGCUGCGACGUUUGAUCAGGAUGUCACUGAAACCAAGUAACUCAUGUUUAGGUGUUGUUUCUAUGUGGUGUUUCAUUUGAGUUUCUACAUGAAUAAUAUAAAUUAUACUUUGCGUUUGAUAAGAGACACUUGUAAUGCAAUAUGUGAAUAAUAAAUGGUGUUGAUUAUUUUUUUUUCCUACUGUUUCACAGUUGGCCUUUGUAACUGCUCUUGGCUCUGAAAUGUUUUCUACACGGAAAUUGUAAGCCUGUCAUUUAACCCGCAGAUGGAAACGUGUUUGCUUUCCGUCAGCCACAAACAAUGCAGAAACGGAGUGUUAAAACGGAACGACUGGGUUCAAUUAGGACAUUUUUUAUUUCAAAGUCUUCUGAUGAACAGUCUAUAUUUAUAUAUUUUCUCUACGGGCAGCUGUGGAAGCUUCCUGAAUUGUGCAUGCUCUUUUUCUACCGCCCUUGUUUCUUUAGCCUGUAGUUGACUAUUGGGGAGGUCCCGAUGGGUGCUGCCAGCUCAUGGCAACCCCAUCGCUAGCAAGCGGGAAGGGAAGGGAGAGGAGGAGGAGGGCCUGGGAGCGAGAGCAGCUCCGAGUGCUGAGCAGAAGCUCUCCAAAGGCGAGGAAGCGAGAGGUGUCUGCUGCCGGGGGAGUUGGUUGGCCAAGUGGGCAUGCGUGCGCGUGUGCAACAGCUCUGGCACUUCCUCCUGUUGUCUUAUCCCAAGCACUCCCUGUGGCCCUACGGCUUCUUGGCUUGGGAAGAGCAGGCUGGGAUCUGGAUUUUCAUGUUGCCCAGGGGUGGAUAGGGAUGUAUUGGAAACCCUUAGGCUGCAGAGACCAGCUAGUCUUGGUGCAGUAUUAUUUUUCCUUCUGCCUGCAUGCCCCGAGGACCUCACUGGUCUUCUGUGUACUGGUGCUGAGAAGCGUAGGACUCGAACGGCUCAGAUGAGACAGUGGAGUGCCUAUUUGUUAAAUUAUUGCCCAUUUUCCCCAGGCCAGGACUUGGAGAGCCUGAGUUCACACUAACCCAAUGCUCCUUAGCUCUUUAAAGGAAGAAAAUAAGUAAGGAAGAAGUUGAUGUUAUUUGCUACAUAGAUCUCCAGAUGAUUUGAGUAGUGAUCCAAAAUUUUUGCUUGGGAUAUUACAGUGCUAGACAACUUCUUUUCUGGUGGUGUUCCAGUAAGUGCCAAUGCUGUUCGUGAUUCUUUUCCAGCGUCAUUAAGAAUUUGGGGGGUGGUGAUGUGCAAAAUUCUCACCUGUACCUGGGAGCAGUUGGUAUUUUUUAAGUUAGUUCCUACUUUAAGGACAAUGUUCUGUUAAUGAAAAAGGAUCCUCUUCACAACUUCGGUGUAUUGUAGAUUAUAAUGAAAGAUGUAAAAUAUUCAGGCUUUUUUUUCUUUUUGGACUUUGUAUUUUACUGCAUGUCUCUAAUUUUUAAUCAAUAAAGAACAAAUUGUCCGUUG